GCACGUUAUCCGCGAGACUCCCACCAGCACAUCAGUGGCAUGGAACGCUUUCUCGCGCCCCAACAAUAGAGUGUGAGCUUCACCGGACCAAGUUUAAUGCCAAUUUCACCAGCAUACACCCCGAGAUUCCCUUUGGAAAAAAGGUGCCUGGAUUCGUCUCCGCCGCCGCCUCUUCCAACAGGAGUACAUUUGAUAUCAGAGACAGGACAAUCAUGGAUCCGACCCGGGGAUUUAAAUUCUUGGACACAGUGGCACGCUCUGCUGCUCAGUAAGGAUGGAAAGAAAAUAAGAGGAAUUUUGACAAACGUAUCAGGUAGUGGUGUUGCAGCAGAAGGAUGCCGCUGGUGAAGCGCACUAUCGAGCCCAGGCACCUGUGCCACACGGUUCUGCCAAGGAACAUCAAGAAUGAACUGGAGUGUGUGACUAACAUCUCCUUGGCCAACGUCAUACGCCAGCUCAGCAGCCUCAGUAAAUAUGCAGAAGACUUGUUUGGAGAGCUGUUCAACGAGGCACACACCUUCUCUUUCCGGGUCAACUCCCUGCAGGAACGCGUGGACCGCCUCUCCAUAAGUGUCACACAGUUGGACCCCAAAGAAGAAGAACUGUCUCUUCAGGACAUCACCAUGAGGAAGGCUUUCAGGAGUUCCACAAUUCAAGACCAGCAGCUGUUUGACCGCAAGUCGCUGCCCAUCCCUCUGCAGGAGACCUUCCAGACGUGCGAGCAGCCGCCACCUCUCAACAUCCUCACGCCCUACAGGGACGAUGGGAAGGAGGGUCUGAAGUUCUACACCAAUCCAUCCUACUUCUUUGACCUGUGGAGAGAGAAGAUGCUGCAGGACACAGAGGACAAGAGGAAGGAGAGGCGGAAACAGAAGCUGGAAAUGCCUUAUCUUGUGUGUCCCAAUGGACUUAUGCGAGUCCUCUCUGAAACCCCUCCUCCCUUCCUCACUCCCCCAGAGUUGCAGGACCCCCGCAUGUAUGAUCAGGUCUAUAGGUACUUAGACCUUCCAGGGCAGCUGAAGGCGAUAGACCGUCCGCAGGAGCCCGAGAAGGUGCCGCGGGCGCCUCACGAUCGUAAAAAGGAGUGGCAGAAGCUGGCACUGGGGGCAGAGCUCGCCCAGGACAUAUCUGACGACAAACACAGAGAGGCCAACGGAUCUGCAGGCUACCACGACAACAGGGCUCCCUCGUACAUGGAACAUUUGGACGGGCCCUUCUCGCUGGCGGCGCUGCCCUACAGCCAGAUGAACGAGCUGCUGAACCGUACCGGGGACAGAAUGUAUUCACGGCCCCACGAUCCUCCACCUCCUCCACCUCUCAUGCACCCACUGGGAGAGAUCAAGCCACCCUCUGUGAUCAGUUCCAGUUCAGGUUUUUCCGACAGCAGACCCCAGUCCCCAGCCCGGACAGCAGGCCUCAACUCCAACACUCCUCCUCCACCGCCUCCUCCUCUUCCCCCUCCACCUCCCCCGUUACCCUCCACAGGCCUGCGGGGCACCCCUCCUCCUCCCAUUCCUCCUCUACCACUCCAGCAGCAGGCCCCAGCCAUCCCGCCUCCUCCCGCUCCUCUCCAGAUCGCCCCCGGCGUGCUCCACCCAGCCCCUCCACCCAUUGCGCCUCCCCUCCACUCCUCCUCCCCAGCCCGUCUCCAGCAGGUCCUGGACAGGGGCCCAACCAUGGGCUCUGGGACCCAGUCGGAUGGCACCAUCCUGCCUCCUCCCCCGCCGCCUCCUCCUCUGCCCCUCCCCGGAGUGCGGAGCUCCUCGCCUUGUCUGUCAGGCCCGCCGCCUUUGCCAGCCUUCCCCUCAGCAGGAGCCAUGGCCUCCCCACCGCCCCACACCAUCCACGAUAUGGGGUCCAAGAGGCACCAUCCAGCCAAUCUGCCACCCAUCAGCGAUGCACGCAGUGUUCUGUUGGAAGCCAUCAGAAAAGGCAUACAGCUACGCAAAGUGGAGGAGCAGCGAGAGCAAGAGGCUAAGCACGAGCGCGUUGGCAAUGACGUGGCCACCAUCCUGUCACGGCGCAUUGCUGUCGAGUACUCCGACUCCGAGGACGAGUCCGAGUUUGAUGAAGGAGACUGGAUGGAGUGAUGGCAAUCAGAGAGAUGGUGGGGGGAAACGCAGCGUUGGCGGCAGAGCAUGAACGUGUUCAGGUGCCCCCCCCAACCCACACAGAGUCCUUUGUACUCUGGAAAGAAGUGGAAUAUUGUUGUUGCCCAGUUGUCCUCUGUCAAGCUUUUUUUUUUACCUCCCCGUAUCUCUGUCUUGUUGUGGGUUGUGUUAGGAGGAGAAUCUCCACGUUGCCCUUGUCUGUCUCUCUAGUGUUCCAAGAGAAGUUUUUUGCGUUCAUCCUUUUCUGCACUACCACACGACCUUGUUUACUAUCGUCAUACAUGAAGAUAACUUUUUUUUUGAAGAACCACUUGUUUUUAUUUCGUAUUUGUAUGUCAAUCUUUAAAAAAAAAAAAAUGAAAAUGAGAAAAUAGAAAAGGACAAAAUGAAGGCAUGUUGCAUUUAUCCUUAGUUCUCAGCACCAUUUUGCCACCUGGUGGCUGAACAUGGCAUUGAAUGAAUGCUGUUAUCUUUUAUUUACCUUUUUUCUGAUGAAACAUUUGUGGUUUUAACGGGCCAGUAGUUGCUGAUACUGACCACUACAUGAACAGUCACUCAGUGUGAACACCAGCUGGGUUGUUUUCUCUCUUGUUAUCAGGACUGACUUUACCGCUUAGAACAAGCAAAAGAUUGUGUUGAUGAUUGCUAUACGGUUGGAAUAUGAAGGAGCAGAAGCACACGUCUGCUUCGGCGCACGUGUGCAUAUCCAUCCACUUACAUCUAACUUGUACCCCCACGGAAAUGUAUGCCAAGAGAUUGAGCUUUUCUGUCUGUCCAGGUUCUAAAGGAGCCACAUGUGCUCAUGUUGACAUCAGGCAAUGUCGAAGAUAAACACUGAGCCAUUGGUUUUUAGUAUAUGGAGCUCCCAUCCUUUUCUCAAGUUCUUUGCCAUAGAAAUGGACACUGGAAGUGAUUUAGAUGCUGUAGAUUUACAUCAGAUUUCCUGCCUCUCUUAUUGUCCCAGGUGAAUAUUCAGUGUGCCGAUGAAAAUCUUGAAUUUUGAGAAGGUGUGAUUAUGAGAGUCUGACCAACACCAGGUACAAACCACUCAACACCACUGAAGGCAGCUUUUCACUCAGAUUACCCUUUAUUGUGUACCUGCCCACUAACGAGAAGCCUUACCCUCGUUUGGUUCUACAGAAUUUCAAAAUAAAACAUUUUGUGUGAUACUGCCUUUCAGGAAUGAAAGAGAAGGAUACAUUAUGCCUUGUUUUGGCUCAUUUCAAAGAAAAUGUCUGCCAUCCUUUUCCAUUUGUUCUUUCUUCUACUUGCCUUAUUGUUCGUACAAAACGUAUCGUUGAGUUCAUGAAUGUAUUGUGCUGUUACUACUUACUUGCCUGCGCUUGUAUGGAUUUGCUGUUUCUAUGUUUGGGAGGGGGGAGAAGGGGCGAGGGAGGACAGAAACCCUGGUUUUAAAAAAAAAAAGAAAAAGAUUAGAUCAAUACUGUAUACCAUGUAACUUAUGUAACUGUUGACUGUAACAGUUUGCUUGAAUUAAUAAAAAUCUAAUGUUAUGUUACAGCCCUAAA